AUGAGGGCCAUUAGGGAGGCUAGAAAAAUGGCAAAGGAGUUGGGUGUUUCUGGCUCUAGAGGAGUUGUUGGUGGAAAAGUAUGUGAUGAUGAGUCAAAUUGUAGGAAGAGGAAGUCUAAGAAAUGCGAGUGCUAUGCAAUGCUUUAUGGGAGUUUAAAUCGUGAAAAGGAAAGGGUGGUGAGGAAAGUAGUUCUGAAACAUUUACGCCUCUUCCUACAUGCUCAACACGUUGAUGAAGAAGGAUGGUUGAAAGAUGUGUUUUGGGUUGGUGGUCGUAGCCGUGUUGCUUAUGAAGAGCUCGGAUAUAUGGUGUGCUUUGAUGCCACAUACCUAACAAAUGAACAUGAGCCCCCCUUUGUGAAUUUCGUUUGUGUUAACCACCACGGGCAAUCUUUAUUAUUGGGAUGUGCACUGGUUUCACAUGAAGAUUAUGAUACGUUCAAGUGGAUUUUUAAAAAGUGGUUGUCCAGUAUGAAUAAUCAAGCACCGGUUGCCAUACUUACUGACCAAGCAGCUGCAAUUGUAAAAGGUAAGUGUGGAUUUGUGAAUCGCAACGCAAAGAUUUUUGAAUUUCCUCUUAAGUACUCCAAGGCGCUGGAAAAAUGGACACGUGAUGAGUCUAAUGAAGAUGCUAAUUUCUCUAAGUAUUUGAGGAGGCUGGUCAGUGGUUUUGAGGUUGAGAAACUCUUUCAAAAGUUGUACACCGACACUAAGUUCCAAGAAAUUCAAACUGAAUGUGCUCGAAUGAUGUAUUGUUUUUGUUUGGAAGAGAGAUUCAUUGAGGAUACUAUUAUUCUCUACAUUGAAGAGGAUCGAGUGUGGGUAGUUCCUGAAGGACUGAGUGAGGAGAAUCUUAUAGAUCGUCGGAGGUUCUACUUCGCAACAUUCAACACUGUAACCAAGGAUGUUCUUUGUGAUUGUCGCAAGUUUCAAACUGAUGGUAUUAUGUGUAAGCACAUGAUACAAAUACUCGACCAGAACCAUGUUCUCGACAUUAUGGAGAAGUACAUUGUUAAUCGGUGGCGUAAAGACAUCAUACGGAAACACACCUGUGUUAAGGUUGAGUACCAUGACCCUUCAUAA